CGUCACAAAGCCUAGGAAAGGCAGUCGCACAUCGCACAGUGUAAAUGGUCGAUUUAUCCGUGAAGGCUGGGUUAAUCAACCGUCGUUCCUGAUGAAAACGUGCGUUUGGCGUCUUUUCUUAUGUUAAACAACUGCGUAGACGCUGGUAACUUCAGGAGCUGUCCAGCGGCGUCAUGUUUCUCAGGGCCGUGUCCUCCCUGACGGGGCUCAGCAGGCCUGGCCCGGCCUCUGUCCUGCUGAAACGGGCUCCACCAGCCUUUGGGUUUCCAGAACCGGCCCCUGGUCUCGGGCAGUCCAGCCGGCAGGAGCGGUCUUGGGCCGGCAGGGUGUCGGGGGCGGAACCGGUCCCAAAUCCUGACCGGAGGAGAAGGGAGCUGGAUCUGUUCCUGGAGGAUGGCCCAGAGGACCUGGAGGAGCUGGCGGGAGAAGUGGUCAGUGCCGAACGGAGGAAACGGAAGGCGACGAAGCUCCGCAGGCUGGCAAAGCAGUUCUCCCCACCUGGCCCCCCAGAGAGGAGGCUGACCUGGGACGCCAUGGAGCAGAUCAGGUACCUGAACCGUGACACUCCUGAGGAGUGGACAGUGGGCCGGCUGGCUGAGGGGUUUGGCGUCAGCUCCGAUGUCAUCCAUAGGGUGCUGAGGAGUAAGUUCAUUCCUCCGCCAGAGAGGCAGCAGAAGCAAGAUGGCAGGGUCUUUGCCAGAACGGGAUGCCAGUCUCUCCUGGGCAGCGUCAAGCAAGAUGCAAGGCUGGCCCAGGUGCCAGCCACGGCGGCAGCCAUGUUGACCCCAGGGGUGGGAGAGGUGCAGGCUGAGAGAGGCGGCUCAAGUUUGGCUUUAGGACAGGAAGCAACAGCGGUCCUCUUGGCCUCUCCCAGAGGAACUCUGGCUCCUCAUGGCACAGCCCGGCUGGGCGUCCCGGCCACUCAGGACCCCCCACGUCUGGGCAAGAUCUCCGAGAGCAGCCAGGACAUCACCCCAGGAGAGGAGGAGGGUGUGAGGGUCCUGGAUGACGAGGAGCUGGAAAAGCUCUUAUCAAACCCUUCCCCUAAACCGCUGGAGGUGGUUCAAGUUGGGAGCGAGUUCUACGAUGGUGAAGGUAACUUCCUGUACAGAAUAUGAGUGCUCUGUUCUCCGCUUUGGGGCAGAAGAUGAGACUGCCACUGUCCUGCUAAACACAGCCUGAAGAAGUACCCAGCUCAUCUGUGGGCUGCUGAGUGUGGUUUGCCUCCCACAUCCACAGCAUAAGAAAGCACCUCGGUGGAGUGAUGUACCUCCAGGACAGGAAGAAAUACAUCUAGAUGGCGGGGCUCGUAUGGGGAGAGGGGGGGUGGGUGAUGGUUAUUUUUAGCAGCACACUACACUGUAGGAUUGCAGUCCAAAAUGUCAGUUUUGAGCAAAUUCCUCCCUCACCGAGUUAUCAUUAUAUGACGAUACCUGCCCGAUUUAGUUAGAUAUUUCAAACUUUGCCUUUAAAGUUUAGCUCAUACUUGUUUCCCUCAUUAGUGAAAUGCUUCCCACUGAUGAAUUCGAGCCCCGUGUCUGUGUAACUGCCAGACUGUGGGUAACCAGCAGCCCCUGCUUUCCCUGGCUGCUCUGAAUCAAGGGCAAGGAAACCUUGACAUGUUUCUGUGUUUGCGGUUACCAGCCUGUGAGCUUUUCCCAACGUCGGUCACUAAAUUGAGCUCAAUUGACCCAAGUCUUGAAGAUCUCCUCUGUAGUUAAGAAUGAGCCAGAUGAAAAAAACCUAACAGGAGGGAUGGGCUGUCUUCCCCUGCUCUAAAUUUUCUACUGAUUCAGGGCUGUAGGCGACGAGAGGGUUAAUUUCCCUGUAAUGCAGAGGAAUUCAGAUGCUGGUUUUGUUUUUGUCCCUUUGUGGCCACUUUUACUGCUUCUCCCAGCUCUUCAGGUGCUGCUGUAUUAAAGGAGGUCUAAUAAAACCGACCUUUCAGAGCCAGGACUGGCACAGGCCUGCCCGAUGGUUGUUCUCCAAAGCCUGACUAGCUGAGCACCGAGUUGGAAUGCCUUCACUGGAGACUGAUAAGUCUAACAAUGGGAAAGUAUAGAUGAUUGAGUGACAUCCAUGCAUUAAGAUAAGAUCAUUUUAUUGGCCAUAUACAAUUUCUUGUAAUUAGGAAUGUCUUUUUUCACAUACCCCAACUAGCUCCUCAGACACAUAGACAGGGAGAGAAGCUUGGGGUCAGAGGGCAGGGUCAGGCCUUUAUAGGGCACCCCUGCAGCAGUGGGGGUUAAGGGCCUUGCUCAGGGGCCCAACGGAGUAGGAUUGCUCUGCUGGAAGUAAGAUACGCCGAUACGAACCGGCAACCUUCCAGCCGCAGAGCCACUGUACCGCAUUAAAAUAGCUACAAAUGAGCCUGUGUUUUGGAAUGUUUUUUUUUCCCCUCAAUAAAAAGCAGAGGCAUUA